AUGCAUAAUAGACACAAGUUUUUCCUGGUAGGCCUUAUGGAGCCUUUUCAGCAGUCUUACAAGUUGGAAAGCUACAGGAGGAGAUUGGGAAUUGACACUGCUUUGUGUAAUGUCUCUAGAAAAAUAUGGGCUUUUGUCAAUGAAGACUACCAAGUCACAGUUCUGAUUGAUAGUGUGCAGCAGCUUACUUUAAAACUGCACAAUGUGAAUUCUGAAGAAGACAUGAUUGUCACACUUGUAUAUGCAAAAUGUGACAGAAUGGAAAUGAUUGAACUUUGGGAUUCUUUGUAUUAUCUAGCUUCUGAUAUGACAUUGCCAUGGCUUGUUGGUGGAGAUUUUAAUGUCAUAUGUUAUGAAGAGGAGAAGUAUAGGGGUCUGCCAGUGUCUUUGAAUGAAGUGGAGGACUUUAGACACUGCAUAAAUACAUGUAACCUUACAGACUUGGGUUACAAGGGCAGUGGUUUCACUUGGUGGAAUGGGAGAGGUGCUGAAGAUUGUGUGUUUAAAAGAUUGGAUGGGUGCUUGGGUAAUAUUGAAUUUCAGCAGCUAUUUCCAAGCCUGCAGAUGACUCACUUGAUCAAGCAAGGAUCAGAUCAUUCCCCACUUUUCAUAGAAUGCAAGGAUCAGGUUCCAAAAGUAAGGAAAUCCUUCAAAUUUCUCAACUUUUGGGCCAAACAUGAUACUUUCAUGGAUAUAGUUAAAGCAAACUGGAAAACUGAGGUUCAAGGAAAUGCCUUCAUGAUAUUCAGUUCCAAAUUGAAAAAUAUGAGGAAGGCACUGUCACAAUGGAGUAGAGCAACAUUUGGAGAUAUUUUUCAAAAAAUCUCUAACCUUGAAGAAGUGAUCAAAGCUCAUGAAGGCCUUUUUGAGGAAAAUCCAAUUGUGCAGAAUAAAGCCAAGUUGAGACAGGUGGAGGAUGAGCUGACUAGAGUAUAUGCUCUAGAGGAGGAAUACUGGAAACAGAAGGCAGGUAUGGAGUGGUUCCAAGAUGGUGAUAAGAAUUCUAAAUUCUUUCACAAUUAUGUUAAUGGUAGGAGGAAAAUGCUUCAGCUGAAGAGGGUUCAAAAUAGUCAAGGGCAGUGGCUGGAAAAUGAGAAUGACAUUGCAGAAGAGGCCUGUGAUUUUUUCAGGAUCAGUUUUGUUAGCAGCCUGAAAAUGGAGAUCCUGCAAGAUUUGAUAUCUUGCAUCAUGUCCCUUCUAUGA